GAUAGCGUUGAUUUUUUGUUUUUCGAUUUUUGAUUUUCUGAUGUACAACGGCGGGGCCGCAUGUAAAUUACACGGCAAUAACAUCGGAAUUGCCUCUUUCGUAGAAGAACAGACUCCUGGUGGUGGUGGUAUCGCAUCGGUAUCGCACCGAUCAACGGCCCCGAAUUGAUAAGGAAAUUGCAUAUGUCACGCCAAGAUCUCCGUCAGGGGCAUUGACGGUUCUCGAACAUCUGAGAAUCGCUGGAAUACUCAUGCUAGGACCGAGCUCCCUGAUUAGUUUAGACGAGUUUGCCCAAACUCAUCGAAUAUCUCAAUACGCAUCAAUCCGCUUAUCUGGCCAGCAAAAAUAAUGCUGUGGAUUGCUGCUGAUCCUCUGAUAUAAGUAAUCGUUGGUCGUCGUUCGGAUUCAGUACGAGUCUAUGCUUCGUCUAAAGUUGAGCUGUGAUGGAAACACCGAGAGCUAUCCUGGGCGUAGCACUGCUGCUACUGCUGCAAACCCUAGAUUUGGUAACUGCCCGGGGUGAAGACAUCUGCCGCUUGUUCUCCAAUAAUACGGUGAUCCGAGAUCCCGAGUCCUGCAGUCAAUCGAUCACGUGCAUCGAUUCCGUGAGCCACUACAGCAGAUGUACGGGAUCUACUCCGUUUUUCGACAAGGACGCGGGCAAAUGCGUGAAAUCACUGUCCACAUCCACGUCCAGCUGCUCGAUUUCCUGCGAAGAUCGGACCACACAAUUCCUGGCCGAUCCCAAGUCCUGCUACGGCUAUUAUUACUGUGCGGAUGAGGACACGCCCAUGUACGGCACCUGUCCGCAGGACACCCACUUUAAUGCCACCACCCAGAUUUGUUCCCGUCAAUACGAAUCGGAUUGCACCACCAGUAGCUUCGAGUACUGCAACAUUGUAAAGAACUCUGUCAACUUCGACAACCUACAGGGAUGCAACAUGUAUCACGUCUGUGAGAAGGGCGUCCUGAAGGACAAGACAUGCUCGAACACCUAUUACCAGGCCAGCACGGGCGAGUGUGUGUCCAGGGCUCUGGUGGAUUGCGAUGCCCAUCCACUGCCCACGGAUGUCUGCGGCAAGGCCAGUAAGCCCUACGAAAACAAGUUCGUCUCAGAUGAAGCCACCUGUCGCGGCUACUUCUACUGCGCCAAGCAAAAGGAUGGCACCCCGGACGCGAGUCCCCAGUGGAACCAGUGUCCCCAGAAUAAAUUCUUCGAUGCGACCAGCCAGAUGUGCAUAGCCCCCACUUCGGUCAAGUGCUCGUACGAUCGCUGCGACGGUCGAACUGCUAGUUUUGUCGAAAGUGCCACAAAGGGCUGCCGCAACUAUCUGAGCUGCUCCGGCGGAGUCACGGUGGGCGAGAACUCCUGCGGUAACUACUUCUUUAACGAGGAGCUGGGAGCAUGCACUCCAAGUGUACAGACAUACACCGCUUGCAAGUCGUAA